UAUCGAGCUAGCUUGGCCAUUGAGAACAUCACUGAAGAAUACUGAUAAAUAGAGCAGCGUUUCUACUGCGUUGUACUAACUUGUAGAAGACUUAGUAAAGGAGUCUAUUGCUAACUGGCAAUAGGCGCUGCUGGAUAACUUUGUUAGUUUAUAUUUGUAGUGAACUGCAUGUAUAUCAAUUUUGUUGUAGCACUGUGGUGCAAGGUUGCAAAACAUUUGUUUCUUGCUGCACGUCUUAUUUCGUAGUUUGGAGGUUCCUAUCCUGCAUCCUCGCUUGGUUCAUUGUUAUUGAUCACCUAGUAGUAAUUACCAAUGACAAUUCGGUGAGGUAUGGCUGAUUCACAUGCACACCCGUAUGCGAAGAAGUCAGAGACGAAGUCUAAAUCUCGCAGUCGGAAGCGACGAAUUGCAGAUGUUGUCCUUCCACAACGGGUGCGCGACUUGGUGCCUGAGUCCAGGGCAUACAUGGAGCUGGUGGAGAUAGAACGCCACAUGGACAUGAUCGUCAUGAGGAAACACAUUGAGAUGCAAGAAGCAGUGAAGAAGCCAACCAAGAUCAAACGGAAGCUUCGACUGUUCAUCUCUCAUACAUUUUCGCCAGCUCGACUGGAUGCUGAUGAUGCUGAAGUGAUGAUGCCACACUUUGAACUGCAUAUUGAAGGUCGCCUGCUGGACGAUACCACCCAGGAGCGUUAUCCAGUUGGUCGUUCACGGCGGAAGUUCACGUCUUUCUUCAAGCGAGUGAUUGUGGAGUUGUUGGACAAGAGCAAGUACGGGCCGGACCAGCAUCUGAUCGAGUGGACACAUUCUCUUGAGCGGGGCGAGAGCGACGGGUUUUCGAUACGGCGCUUUGGAGAUGAGACGACCAAGUGCAUUAUUUGUCUCUUUCUGGAUUACCAGCCGGAGCAAGCAACACUAGAGCCUCGGCUUGCACGUGUGCUGGGGAUGCAUACUGCCACAAGGCCCGCCAUCCUCAGCGCCCUGUGGCAAUAUGUCAAGACUCACAAACUGCAAGAUCCCUCCGAGCGCCAGUACCUCAACUUCGACAAGUACCUGGAACAGAUAUUUGGAGUUGCACGUGCAAAGUUCUCGGAGCUGCCGACGUUGCUGAACGCUCACGUGACAACACCGGACCCGAUCAUCAUCAACUAUGAGAUUGUCAAUGAUCCAGCGGAGCAGAAGAAGCAAGUUUGCUACGAUGUGGAUGUGGAUGUUGAUGAUCCUCUGCGUCACAGUACAUCCAGCGUGCUCAUGUCGACGGCCAGCCAGCAGGAAAUUGUCGGCAUCGUCGGAAAGAUCCAUGAAACCGUCGACCAAGUCAACCAGCUGAAGACACGGCGUGAAUUCUUUUCACAGUACGCUAAGCACCCUCAGGACUUCAUCAACCAGUGGUUGGUAUCGCAAUCGCAAGACUUGCAGGUGAUGCAAGACACGGUUGGUAAUCCGGAGGCGGAGAGAAAGGCAGACUACUACUGCAAGCCCUGGGCCAACGAGGCGGUGUGUCGCUACUUCUACCGCAAGAUUCAGACAAGGCGAGCAGAGUUGGAGCAAGCCCUUGGCAUGCGCCAGUGACACCUUCCCAGCCUGGGCACCAAGAGCCUUGCAGAGGUCCAUGUUCGCAUCAGGGUUUUUUUUGCCGGAUUAUGCGCAACAGUUGAGUCCUUGCUGUUGGGAGAUGUUUGGGUACCUGGUACUAUGUACUUGCUGAAGUCAACAAACCGGGAUGCAUCAGUGGACCUGCUCUCCUGGCAGCUUGGGAUCAUGCAUUCCGGCUACACUUUGAAUCUUGAUGAUGAUGGCCUUGCACGUCACUACCCCCCCCCCCCCCCCCUCAUGAAACUGACAUAAAACACAUGCUUCACUCAAUUCUCUGCUGGCUUACCUGUGGCAAGAGUUGCUGGUGAAGGUACUACUUGUAGUGUCUGCCACUGCACUGCUUCUUCCUAUGACUAGUAUACCGUACUGUACUGUACUGCACUGUACUGUAAUGUAGUUAUGUAUACCGGUCGUAUAUUCUGCCUGUCACAUGACUCAACUCGCGUAUCUCGUGCAACUGCUAGGCACUAGUACCAUGCUAGAUUUUCUUUCUGCAUCUUGAGUUGCUUUCAUGCAGUAUAGGUUACACUGCGAACUCCACGCAACCCUGAUUUUCUUUGCUAGUUGUCUGCUGUCGCUGCUGCCGCCGCCACUGCUGGUGCUGCUGCUAUUGUAGCAUAUCCUGCCUCGCUUCCGCUCUUCGUUUAUCGUGUGUGUGUGUGUGUGUGUGUGUGUGUGUGUGUGUGUGUGUGCGUGUGUGUGUGUGUUGUUGUUGUCACUGUCCAUUUGGGCAGCUUCACUGUGCCGAACACAUUGACUUUACAGAAAAGAAGGUGGCUGUAUUGCCACUAUUGA